GUUGCACCCGUUUCCACCAGCUCCUCUUCCGCUUGUUCCACAUGCAGCAAACUGUUUACAGCAGGGAAACUUAAAUGGUUCAUUAGCUGUUUGAAAUCGUCUUCUUAUAUUGAGUUUGUUAUGUCAGUGUGUCGCUGUUAGCUACACAUAUCUGUCGGCUAGCAUGCUUCUGUUCUGUCCAACCUGCGGAAAUGUUUUAAUUGUCGAGGAGGGACAGAAGUGUAUGAGAUUCGCCUGCAACACCUGUCCGUAUGUACACAACAUCACAAGAAAGGUAAAUAACAGGAAGUAUCCCAAGUUAAAGGAGGUGGAUGAUGUGCUCGGUGGCGCAGCAGCCUGGGAAAACGUGGACUCCACUGCUGAAAAAUGUCCCAAGUGCGAGCACUCCCGGGCGUAUUUCAUGCAGAUUCAGACCAGAUCAGCUGAUGAGCCGAUGACGACUUUCUACAAAUGCUGCAAUGCCCAGUGUGGACACCGAUGGAGAGACUGAACCCUUUGCACUUUCAACAUUUUAAUGGAUUUAUUGCUCAUGUGGCACUCUUUUCAUUUGAGCCCAUAUUUAUUGCCAAGAGGCUCCGGUAGUUAUGGACAUUCUGCUGAUGACUCCAGUGUGUUUAGAUCCACCUGAAGGAUCUUUGACUUUCUUUUUGCAGAUAACACAUUGAAAAUAAUGGUGCAUUUUCCAAAUAACAUUAAAAUGAAUUUCAAUGAAAAA